AUGCAGUUCGUUGAACGUGCAAUAGGCUCAGUCUCGAAGACCUGGUCUUCGAUCAACCCUGCAACGCUAUCUGGAGCUAUUGACGUUGUGGUUGUGGAACACCCGGAUGGCAGACUGGCAUGUUCUCCGUUCCACGUAAGGUUCGGUAAAUUUCAGAUAUUAAAACCAUCACAGAAGAAAGUUCUGGUUUCUGUGAAUGGACAGCCCACAAACAUCCCCAUGAAGUUGGGGGACUCAGGAGAAGCCUAUUUUGUGUUCGAAACGGAAGCAGACGUUGAAAGUAUUCCUAACGAGCUCAUCUCCUCGCCUGUAGUAAGUGCGGCCAGCAGCCCAUCUUCAGUUCCAGACGAUACACAAACUACAAGCACGACCUUGGAAGAACCGGAUUUUUUGGACAUAGGUAAGCCCGUGCAGGUUGAUUCGCUGAUCCCAUCUACACCUCCACCAUCUAGAAGACACUCAGUUUUCGAGGAACGGGCACGAAGACUGAACCAAAAAUUGCAGGAGAAGCAAAUACCGAGCAAAUUCGAUAAUAAUGGCGAUUUGCUGCUAGAUAUUGAGGGUUACAAACCCAGUAAGGAUAAGGUGCAAAAUACGGACGCCAUGUUGAAACAGCUGCUGCAAGACGAACUAGGGACGGAGUUUGACAUCUCGUCCUUUGUCAAGGAAGAUCGCAGUGGAAACAUGCGAAUCGUGAAUCCGGGAGACGACGGAGCUCUUUUGUCACCUCCUGGCUCUCCCACACCCUUAGCAAGUGAGGACUUGGACAUCCCCAGCUCAUCGCUAUCGGGGACAUCUACGCAGACCUCUAUAACCACCUCGACAGAGUACACGCCACAGUCAUCUGCUACAAUUCCCAAAAAUUUCAUCAAAACUAUUCGGCUGACAUCCGAGCAAUUACAGUGUCUGGACCUGAAAUACGGUGAAAACGACCUUUCGUUUUCUGUUGACAACAGCAGAGCUGUUGUAGGUGCCAAGCUGUUUUUAUGGCGGUGGGACGUUCCGCUUGUCAUAUCAGACAUUGAUGGAACGAUAACAAAGUCAGACGCAUUGGGCCACGUCUUGACAAUGAUCGGUAGAGAUUGGACGCACCUGGGAGUUGCAGAGCUGUUUACAGAGAUCAAAAGAAAUGGCUACAACGUGGUCUACUUGACGGCGAGAAGUGCAGGACAGGCCGAUUCUACAAGAAGCUACUUAAACAGCAUCGUCCAGGCUGGCUUCAAGCUGCCGCGUGGCCCAGUGAUAUUAUCACCCGAUAGGACGAUGGCUGCUUUAAGAAGGGAAGUCAUAUUAAAAAAACCCGAGGUUUUCAAAAUCGCGUGUUUGAACGAUCUUCGAAGACUGUACGUUGGAGAAUGUGACUUGGUGAAGCUAGAUGAUGAGAAAAAAAAUGAUGACUGCCCCACACCCUUUGUGGCCGGGUUUGGAAACCGAAUUACGGAUGCUCUUGCAUAUCGUACUGUUGGUAUACCCAGCUCGAGGAUUUUUACUAUUAACCCUGAUGGCGAAGUACACAUGGAGCUUUUGGAACUUGCGGGCUACAGGAGUUCCUAUAUUCACAUCAAUGAAUUAGUGGAUCAUUUUUUCCCGCCGGUGAAUUUCAACUACGCAAGUCGCGGGGACGACCGUAGAAGCAUCUCUCCCACCCCAGGGUCUCCAACGGGCACACUAAUGGAGGAAAGGUCAUUCCACCGUCCGCGCGAGGUACAAUUUACGGAUGUUAAUUUCUGGAGAGAGCCAGUUCUCGAUUUGGACGAUCUUUCGGAUCUAGACAGUGUCGAUCCAAGGGAACAAAACGCAAGCGAUGGACCUGCUCAUUCUUUAGAGGCGCUUUCAGAUACGAAAAGCUCAAAGAGCACAAGCUACGACACAAACUCUCCUUCAACGCCCAACAGUGCAUACCAAGGCUAUCGUCACCCUGAGGACCCCAAGACUACAGGGAAGCAAUUCUACCUUGAACUUGGGUCGCCGCUGGCCUCGCCCAAACUCAAGUACAUGGACAAUGCUCAGGGUGUGGAACAACAGCUGAAAAAUCUCAAUUUGUCAAAACCCACGCAGCCUAGUACUCAUGUUUCUGCGCUGCAUGUCCUUGACGAGUCUCAUGCAUCGGGUGCUGAUUCUAAAGAGUUGCAUAAGGCCUUUGCGUCCAAGAGUCAUUUGGACACUACUGAUGACGAAUUCGACGAGGACGAAUUCGACGAAGAUGAGGAAGACGAUGAGGACUAUGAGCAAUACAGAAUUGACGAAGAAAGCGACAGUGAGGGCGGAGAAGAGGUAGACGAAGAAGAAGACGGAGACGAAGACGACGAAGAUGAAGACGAAGACGAAGACCUGGGCGACCAGGACGGUGAUGCAGACGGAAAUGAGGACAUUAGACAAGGACAAAAAGAACAGGACCAAGAUUCCCACGGUAUGCGAGAACCAACGUUGGAAGGAACGGGGACCGAGGAAGUCCGUUAA